AUGGAAGAGCAAACAUAUACUUCCAAGGAGGGUCCGCCAGUUGCUACUGAUCAUCUUGUCCGGCUUGCUGAAAUGUUUGAAAAGGAUUUGGCUAUUUUUACUAUUGAUUUGUAUCCGCCAACGGGUGUCUCUAAAGAUGGUCUUCUUGAGGGAGUAGGUCGUAAUGCGCGGAAGAUAAUGUCUCAAAGAUAUGGUGAUUUUAUCUUUGGUGAAUUUUGGCUAAAAUUUGGACAUGAAUUUAUGCAUAUUCACAAAGGAACAGAUGGUGGUCACUCACGACAAGUCUUCUUUCUGCCCAGAUCCGUGGGUACUUGA